AUUAACAUCAAUUUUCUUGUACACGUGGUUUCCCUAGGGAUAUUAUCCAUAACCAGAACAACGCCGAAUAUGACAUCUCUCGAGACCCUCACAUGAUCCUGCGGGGAUGUGUGUAUUAUUAUGGAAAUAGUAGUGUGUAAUUUAUGUGAUGAGAAUGGUUGAAUGUAAUAGAAUACUACACUAUAAAUAGGAUAACAGGUCAUAAUUUGAUGGAUUUUAUGCAUAGAAAGAUCAAGAAAAGAAUAUGUUUAAAAGGAAGAUAGUGGCUAUAUUAAGACGACGUUUCUUUCUUAUUGUUGCCAGUGUAACAUGUCUCUACUAUAUAAACAAAUUUUUCCAGCCGGUCCAGUUUAUUUUCAUUCACCAAAAUGUGAACACGACUUGUACACUACCCGACCUGAAUCCUUUCGACAGCUCGAUCAUGAAAUUUAUUUACCACCCGAAACCAAUUUCUUGCGAUCUGAUCCCUUCAUUAGUUUAUAUAGACCAGACAGGAAUACUUCGAUUGAAUACAUCACUCCAAGACCGUUUGAAACUUUCCAAAUUAGAGUGCUCAUACCGCAUUAUAGAACGCAAUGGAGAAAAUGAUGUUUCCUUUUUACCAGAAAUACGGGUCGAGCCUCCAUUAUACAUUCCUGCCGAUUUAAUUCAAGUUAUUUGUAAAACCGGAAGUGGAGUAGUAGUAGACAGAAUUCUUUUUAAUAUAGAUAGCAAAACUGUUUUAAAAAAUAAAAGUGUAAUAAAAGACUCGAAAGAAACUUUAAACCUAUUUAUGUUUGGAUAUGAUUCGGUCUCAAGGUUAGCUGCUGAAAGGAAACUACCGAAGACAAUGAACUUCAUCAAAAAGAAUCUAAAUGGUUCAACAUUGCAAGGAUAUACAAUGAUAGGAGGCAAUACAUAUCCAAAUCUUAUUCCUGUUCUUACUGGGAAACAAGCAUACAGUUCUGAACUUCCUUCUCUUAAUCUCAAGUCAGAAUUUACCGACCCAUAUCCGUUCAUUUGGAAAGAAUGUUCAAAACGAGGUUAUGUGACAAUGUACAGUGAAGACUAUCCAGAAAUAUCUAUAUUUGCCAACAACAUGAAAGGGUUUAGAAACCCACCAGGAGAUCAUUACUUAAGAUCAUAUUACAUUGCUCAGAAGAAAGUAAGUCCCGUACAGACUAACAUAGAAAUGUUUAAAGUAUUGAUGUAUUUACAGAAUCAUAACAUUAAACUCGGAAAAUAUUCUCCUUUAUGUUACAAAGAUCGUCCCAAACAUGUUCUUCAUAUGGAGCAUUAUAAGCAAUUUAUAUCAACGUACAAACAUUACGCAAAGUUUUCCUUCUCUUGGCUAACAGAAAUAAGCCACGAGUUUAUGAACUUUCUUGAACUAGUAGACGAUGAUACGAUGAACUUUUUCAAAUGGAUUCAGGAAGACGGCCAUUUACAAAACUCUGUUCUCAUUUUUAUGAGUGACCAUGGUCCAAGAAACGAGGAAAUUCGAAAUACUGCAAUAGGAAGGAUAGAAGAACGUAUGCCAUUACUAAGUAUUGUUUUACCUGAACAUUUAAAACAGAAGCACCCUCAUUUAGAGAAAAACUUGCGGGAAAAUGUAUACCGCCUGACAUCUCCAUAUGAUCUCCAUGAAACUUUAAUGGAUAUUGUUAAUAAUGAUUUCAAUAAAAAAGACAUAAUAACGUCUCGUCCAUAUCCACGGGGAAUAAGUUUAUUAGGAAAAAUCCCGAAGGACAGAACAUGCGCAGAUGCCUCAAUAGCCGAGCAUUUUUGUGCGUGCUACACUACCAGGAACGUGACUGUGAACGAUGAAAAAGUUAAAGUAUUGUCUGAGUUCGCUGUUAACUCAAUCAACGAGAAACUAGCAAAAGUUAAAGACAAAUGUUCAAAGUUGACUUUAUUUAAAAUAAUCGAUGCUCAAAAAAUAGAAUCUGGUUUAGAGAAUCAUGCCGAGUUUGGUCGUACGUCCGUGUUAAAUUUCUUUUAUUCUCCAGAAAAACAGACUGAAAAACGUUAUCUUAUUUUGCUUCAAACGUAUCCAGGUCUUGCACUUUUUGAGGCAACAGUAUGCUUUACAGAUAUUUCUGAUAGAAGUAGUAUGAAAGUUUUAGGUGAUGUAAGCAGAACAAACAAAUAUAGAAACCAGUCACACUGUGUCGGAUAUCAAAAUCUUAAACCUAUAUGUUAUUGCAAAGAUCAAAUCCAGUAAUUAGACACUAUGAUAAUUUCAUACUAUGCUUGUUCAUUCAUGUUUGUCUAUGCAAAUGUUAGUUAUUUGAAUUGUUUUUUAUUUUUAAUAAAUUAUUUCUUGUU